UGUGUGUGUGUGUACAUGUAUGUACACUAACUUCCUGGUUUAAGUAAAAGAAAAGUCGAUGAGCACAAUAUAGAACAGGUUUUACAAGACACACUGCAGCUUCUAACUUUUCGAAGAGAGAAAGAAGAUAAAGAACGAAUGAUUAUCUUAUACGUCGGCGAGGGGCAGUCAAUGGACGGAUGUAAUGGAGAGUGCAGAGGCCACCUCGCCACAGUUUUGCGAGACACAUUGCAUCGUGCGCUCUGACAGAUCUAAACACAUCGUCCGCCCGUUCGUUUCGCGGACUCGAUCGGUCGAUUCUAUAGCUCCGCGAAGCGUCCUUCAUUUACGACUUCAGCCUCGUUUAAUUCAAACAGGAGUUCACGUCGGUCGGUUGUUCGAGUAUUUAAGCGAGGUGCAAGAAUUGUGAAAACGUCUUCGUUUGGAGUUCACGGAAAUUCUUAAACGCGUCGAGACGCGGAAGCAUAUCAGGAAGAAUCGCGGACAAAGAGAAGAUCGUGUGGUGAACGAAAGACGGAGAGAAUCUCGUAAGAGGAAAUUGGGACGCGAAGGAACAUUUGGCACAAUAAUCGCUAGCGACCGCGGAAAUCGUUGAAGAAAGAUUACGCACCAUCGAACGAAUGCAAAAGUUUUCUUUGUUCCAAAUGAGUAUCGUUCGAAGAAACGGAUAGUGUGAAAUCAUACGCAAUCUAAGUAUAGGAUAAAAGGAACACUGCACGGAUAAAAAAGAGAUAUGGAAUAUUAAAAUAAAUCGUUCAUAACUUCGAAAUAUUUACAGAAAUAUUUUGCGUUUUCUUUAAAAAGCGUGAAAAUUCAGACAGAAUUACGGACAAGUUGCACCUUUGUACAUACUAUUUAUUAAUUGUUAAAUAAAGCUCACAGGAAACAAGAUUUUUUUGAGAACAGGUUCGCUUAAUGUCUAGCUGCGUCCACACUUCAAUCACGCGCCUGCAUUAAUCGGCGACCGCUGAAUUUUCAGACUACGUGCGUUAGACAUAAUUCACCCCACCUACACGAUAGACAAACAGCUUUUUUACAGUCGUCCUGACAAGAGCCGAUAAGUGUGAGUGAAGAGAUAAACUAAAAGCGCGGAAGAUAAAUGGGCGGAGGAUUCUCUUAGUAGGUCAAAUCAAAUCUGUAAGCGAUGUCGACGAGACGACGUGAAACAAACGCGCUGUGUAUGUCGCGGGCCCGAAUGGUCGACAUCCAAUUCAAGGAUCUGUCGUACGAGGUUCAGGUUUCAAAGUUCAAAUAUCGCGGGACCAAGAAGCAGAUUCUAAAGGGUAUGAACGGAAUUUUCAAAUCCACGGAACUGACGGCUAUCAUGGGGCCGUCCGGUGCCGGCAAGUCCACGCUACUGAACAUUCUGAGUGGAUUUCAACAGGGACAGCUGCAGGGCACGGUCGAGUAUAUCAGUAGCGAGGGCAAGCAGAACUGGGACAUGUAUAAGAAGCAAUCGUGCUACAUCCAACAGUCGGACAAUCUGUACGGUCUGUUCACCGUUCAGGAGAGCAUGAUGAUGGCGACCUACUUGAAAAUCGGUAGUAACGCGACGAAGAUGUUCAGGCAGCUAGUGAUCGAUAACAUCUUGGAGACGCUAAAGCUGACGAAGGUAAAGGAGACGAAAGUCGACCGGCUGAGCGGGGGACAGAAAAAGAGGCUGAGCAUCGCCCUGGAACUGAUUGACAAUCCGCCGAUAAUGUUCCUGGACGAGCCGACCACCGGCCUGGACUCGAUGGCGUCUCUGCAGUGCAUCGUCGCGUUGAAGACUCUGGCAAAGAGCGGCCGAACAGUGAUUUGCACCAUCCAUCAGCCCAGCGCCGCGCUUUACCAGAUGUUCGACUACAUCUACCUGGUGGUCGACGGCCGAUGUAUGUACGCCGGUACACCCGACGACACGGUGAGCUACUUCGCCCAACUAGGCUUUCAGUGUCCUCAGUAUCACAACCCGGCGGACUACAUGCUGGAGGUGGUCAACCAGGAAUACGGGGACUACAGCAAUCAGUUGGUCGUGGCAGCCAAGGAGUACUGUCAGAGAGAAGAGACAUCUCUGAAAGUACGCAUCAUGAGGGAAGCGUCGUUCUACAACGAGAAGACGAAGCUGAUGCUGGACCCACCUUCGGAACUAAUAAAAUUCAAAGUGUUGCUAUAUCGUUACAUCCUGAUAAUAUACCGAGACUGGUCGGUGAGCCACAUCAAAUUACUCCUACACUUCCUCGUGGCCGUCCUGUUAGGCUUGCUGUUCGAGAAGGCCGGCAAGGACGCCAACAAGACCCUCAACAAUGUCGGUUUCUUGCUUGUCACCUCGUUGUAUUUCAUCUACACCAGCAUGAUACCGGCCGUGUUGAAGUUUCCGUUGGAGAUGGCCAUUUUGAAGAAAGAGCGCUUCAACAAUUGGUACCAAUUGAGAACCUACUAUGCAGCCACGCUAGUGACUACUCUACCACUGCAAAUAUUCUUCACUUUUAUUUACUCGGCCGUCUCCUACGUGCUAACCAGUCAACCCAUGGAAUGGAAUCGGUUUUUCAUGUUUCUACUCAUCAUCGCUCUGACGAGUUUCAUCUCCGAAGGCAUAGGCUUGGGUCUAGGCGCAAUCUUCAAUCCCAUUAACGGCACCUUCUUCGGAGCCAUUACCACAUGCGCGAUGCUGUCAUUAGCUGGAUUUCUGAUUCUCUUUAAUCACAUGCCGAAGUUUCUUUACUACAUUAGCUAUAUCAAUUACUUCAGAUACUCUGUAGACGGUUUGGUACAGGCGAUUUACGGCUUUCAACGAGAAAAGUUAAUUUGCCCGAGUCAGUAUGAUUAUUGUCACUUCCGAAUACCAUCGUUAUUACUGGAAGAGCUACGUAUGUCCAAAUCCAUAUUCUGGGUAGACGCCGUCGUCUUGUUCGCCUGGUUCGUGAUCAUUCGAAUCAUGGUUUAUAUCUCGCUGAAAAAAAGACUUUCAAAAAUAUGAAGAAGUCGCGAGGAUGCUGUUGAAGUGUUGGGCAUUACAACUAUUUGAAACGAAGCAUGAUCCGAGGCGAGAUUCUUCCGGAUUUCGUGAGCAACUCGCUGCCUUUGCACAACGAUCAACGGAGAAGCGUGUUGUCGUGACGGAUUCGCAAGGAUAUAUUCGCGGAAAUAUGUCAGGAAAAAUUUAUGUAAUGUCAGUAUGGCUGUGACAAUGUAGUAUGCAUAUCGCCUCGUAAUAAUCUUUCCGUUAAGGCUUGACGGUAGAAGGUCUAUAGCGGUGAUGUAGCAGUUUCUAAAUAUAGUACGCUUCACAGAGUGAGAUCUUACAAUUAUUUCUUACUUCAAGAUAGAGGGUAGUUGAUAACUUCAAAAGAAAAUCGGGACAAUCGGUUGCAAUAGACGAAAUGCUUAUGCAAUUUAUGUACAGCAGGAAGUAAAAGUUAUAAUUGAGUCGAAUUUUCCAACUUGAUCUGAUGCAAACCAGUGAGAUGUGGAAGGAGUGUGGCUAUAGAAAGUGAACUGUGACACUGCGAACGCUAAGUGUGUGUCGAUACUUUCACGUUCGUGUUCAAUGAGACACAUGCUGGAUAAUCGAUUAGCGCGGCUAUUAAUUAAAAAAAAAAAAAACUACCGAAAGUUAGAAAAUUUUCUUUCAUUAAUGCGUAAUGAAUCUUCUUCAAGUACUCUCUGUACCGAUAAUUUUUUCUCGAAAUUCUCUUUUUCUUUUUUAGGUCUGAGUAGUCUUAUUACAUUAGAAUUGCUACGUAGCAGCAUGAUGAAAGUAUUCAAUAGGCUUUAUUCAGUUUAUAAAUAUGCUACCUCUUCGAUAUCUCUAUGUACAGUUACAUAUAUCAUUAUAUAUGCGAAAAGUUACCGAUUACAGUCAUGAGUCAUUUCCUUUCAAUUUAUUAAUAUCACACAAUAAGCAAAUGAAUUUAUAUAUACGAUACGAUAAAUUAUUGCUAUAAAAUUCUCCUUAAAUGGAUAUAUAAAUACAAAUUUAUUUCACUAGCUAAAGACUCAGGUAAAGACUAAUGAAAUUAUCGCAAAUCCGUAUAGACUCGAUAAAUCAUUACGUAAUCGAGAGAUAAAAUAUAGGUAAUAAAAUUGCUACAUUCUUCGUCGACGAAGAAAUUACAAAGUCAAAAAUAGCUUAUUUAUUAUUCCGACGUUAAGUUUAUUAUAAUUAUUAAAUGUCAACGAAACAUUCAUAUUAGAAAUUUAAUAUUGGAUCUCUUCCGAAUAAAUUAGUCAUUUUAUGUGAUAAA